UCAAAACCGUUGGAAGGGAAGGGGACAGAGAGAGAAUCAUCUCCUCCUCUGCACAAUGGCAUCACUCCUCACCACACCUUCUCCACCUCUCCUCCUCCAGACCACGCCCAGCAGCAGACCUUUUGGAGGUUCUCUCUCGCUUCGGAAGCGCGUCUCUCCGCAAACCCUUCACUCUACCGUCCAGCAGAACGAUUCCCCUGUUGCUGCUUCCACUUCUGACUCUGUACUCUCCGCGGAGCCCCAGCUCCCAAUAGAAGACACAGAGAGGGUGAUUCCAAUUGGGGGAUGCAAGGCAUGUGGGCGAGCGGAAAUAGAAAAGGGCUGUAAUGGUGAAGGAAGAAUUCAAGGUGGGAUAGCAACAGUUCCAGGAUUUGGAUGGUGGCCAAUAAAGGCAUUCAGGCCAUGUCCAGGUUUUGUUGCAUCAGGUGGAAGGUACAAGAGACAAGGGCAAAGCAUGGAUGAGGUUGCAUUUGGGAAGGGGAAGAGUGAAGCUUCAGUUGGUGCAUCAGAUGAUGAAGUUGAAGGAAGCAAAAGGAGAAAUCCAGGGAGAUUCAGGAGGUUUAUUAGAGGAACAGACUUGACAGUCACCAGCAGCAGCUCAACCUUGGCACUGAACACGACAGAAACCCUGAACCAAAGGCUUGGGCUUGGCUCCUAAUUGCUCUCUUUAGAUCAACUAGAAAGUUGACCUAUUGCAGUGUUAUUUUUUGGAUGGGUUGGUCAGACUUCUUACAUAAGGUGGACAGGAAGUGAUUAUUUUUCAUCAUCCAGCUUUAGCAAAACUCGAAGGAAUGAAAUGGAUUCAUAUAGAUUCCAUAUGCCACGGGUGGUAGGAGCUCUAAGGUGUUGAAGUGAAUACCAUGGAUCAGUUGUUUACCCCUGUCGUUCUGCACUUACUCACAUGAUGUUUUCCUUUCAAAGUACAGUCAGAGGUCACCCGGACGUUUGCCUUCCAGGGGAGAGGAACUUCUUUCAUCCCCUAUUCAUAUACUCUUCAGUCCAUACA